AUGAUUUGGUAUCUCCUUUAUCCGUUCCGAGGAACAACCGAAGCUCCCGUUUUAGAUCCGAGCCACCCACUGCGCAGUGGCUUUACGCGAUACGGUAGAUAUGCCGCCAGCCAUGUCCUGAGCACAUUAUUGAUAUCUGUUGCUGUCGCCGCCGUUCUCAUAUAUCCUUUUCCGUUCCUCUACACCACCGAUUUUACCAAUGGAGCGUCCAGUCUUCCUCAUCAUGUCUGGACAGAUGCCCAUCUCGUCGAUGAGAAGACUCCUUGUGAGCCCGAUGUCAUCAUGCGAUCUAUUUGGGUCCAUGGAAGUUAUUUUCAGGCACUUGAGAAGGAUGUCUUGCUAGGAGCUCUUGAACUGCAGGAUGAGCUGCUAGGCCCAACCGUCAAUUUUAGUCCGCGCCUGAGUCCUGACAGCCUGGAAAGACCCGCCGAAGCAAGCAAGUAUCUCACGUUUAAGCAACGGGAUUCAUUGCAUGUUGUUAACGGUCUGACCAAUGAAUCAUGGUUCUUCCACUCACCUUUGCAGUAUUGGUCUUGCUCCUCUGAUAUUAUCGAGCAAGACCACGAUAUACUCGCAACGGUAAAUCGGAGGAAGAAUCAACCCACUUCGGUCAACGUCACCUUGAGGCAUUCGAUUGUAUUUGCCGGAAAACGUUUCGAAGACCGCCAACUAGUCGCUGCCGACGCCUUGGUUAUCACCUUGAUUCACCGCCGAGACUCUCCUAUGGGCUCUAUCUGGCAAGAAAAGGUGCAAACCCUUGCUAAUAGCAUGGCACAUAAGUGGAGAGUUAUUACACCUCAAGAUGGAAGACCAAGCCAACUUUACGAAUUUCAAUUUCGCCUCAUGUCUCAGGUAGAUGCCAUUCUAUUGGGCUCAGCCUACUCACUUGUCCUCCUAUAUUUCCUCUUCAGCUUGUCCAAGCUGCGAGCUGUCAAAUCCAAAGUGGGUUUGAUGGUCACUGUGGUAGUGCAAAUUGCUCUUGCCAUUAUAUCGAGUUUUACUAUUUGUGCCAUACUCAAGAUCGACCUAUCGAAAAUACCACGACUUGGCUACCCUGUAGUCAUUUUCUCAAUGAGUCUAGAAAAUAUUUUUCGGCUUAUCAACGCGGUAAUACUCACCCCUUCAGAAGACAGUUCGAGUAAUAGAAUCGGCCACGCCUUCGGCGAAACGGCUCCGAUUGCGCUGGCUAGCGUUGCUCAAAACUUGCUUAUCCUAUUCGGUCUCUCGCGAGUAGUAUCAUCAGGGGUGUCGGCAUUUUGUACCUUUGCUGCCAUCGCGAUCGUAUUUGAUUUCUUCUAUUUGUCAACAUUCUUCUUGGCCGUAUUGAGCGUUGAUGUGCGCCGAACCGAGCUUAGUGAUGCUUUAGCCAAAGCCUCUACCCGGUGUCAUCGACCUUCUCAUGAUACCCAAUCACGUCAAGCAUGGCUUGAUACUAUGCUUCAAGGGAAAAUAGCCAUGUCAACACGCAUAGCAGGUACCGCAGUCAUGGUUGGUUUCGUUCUGAUUGCACAGUGGCACUUUUUCGAGAACGAGAGUCUGGUCAAAAUAUUCCGCAGACUUCUCUGCACCACGAACGAGCAUGAUGACAUGGAUCCGGCUCAAUCAUCGCUCCUCGUCGAGGUCCAUCAAGCGAGGAGCCCUACGUCAUGGCUUAGGUUGCAAGACCACGAAACUGCUCGCGAAGUUAUCAAUAUCAUCAGACCUGCUGCUUACAGUUAUACUGCUAGGGUGUUUGAUCCAUAUAUAUUUGUGCUCAAGGGAUCUGACCGAAUGCUGUCAGCCCAUGAGCCCCUAUUCUCACCCGCUAUUUACGAUUUCGUUCGACACCAACUUACUCCAUUCCUGGUUACAGUCCUCCUCGUAACUGCGCUUGUGCGACUUUUGAUGAACUAUCUGCUUUGGGACCAAUUAUCGGACACCGAGGUACUUCAGUUAACACAGGAUUCGCUCCUCAGUGUCAAAACUCUGCAUGGAGGACAUAGGCUUGAUGUUGCCUUAGUAACAGCAUCUUCCGCUGGUCAUCUCGUAUCUGUGGGCCUCGACCGUGUCGUAAGGGUUUGGAAUGUCAAGGAUGGCGGGUUCAAUUAUGCCCUGGGUACAGAAAAGAACUCGCCUAGAAUACCAUUCCCAAUUUUGGCUAUGUGUAUUGAAGACGAAUUUGGCUGGCUUGCUCUAUUAACUGUCGACCGCGUGUUAUUAUGGAAUUUAAUCGACCUUCGAUGGGGGCCUUCAAUUCAGGUAGAACCUUUCCGACACAAACCAGAAGUGUUUUUCUUUGGGAAUGAUGAUUGCUCUACUAUCCCGCCGUUAAUAUUGGUACGCCGGGAUGGUGUCAUUACGGAACUAAGACCCGAACUGGGAGAGACCAGCAGCUAUAUAAUACCAGAAGAGGGCGCUGUUGCUUCUGUGGAUGCGCUUGCCGAGAAAGCAUUCACCCCAAAGAUCAUGGCUUCGACCAGAGAAGGUCAGGUUCAUCUUAUAACUCAAGAUGGAUACGACUGGGUGUCUAGUGCCAUUAAUGUUGGCCCACACCACUCUAUCAAAGAGAAAGAAUUUAUUUCGAUUCAGGCACUACCUGAGUUGAGUUUCUUCCUUAUUAUACGAUCCCAGACCGUGGAUCUAGUAGACUCGCAGACUCAUAGGGCCAUCUAUACCUUCAAAGUGGACCCGAUACAGCCAAAGAGCCUCAAAGCAUUCCAUUCAAGACCUAGGCGAAUGCGAUGCGGUUCGGUUGCCUUGUGGAGCUUUACAAUUGCGUAUCUCAAUGCAUAUACUCGUGAUCUUGUGGUGCAAACGUACAGUCCACAGAACGAGGAUGAGUCCCUAUGCUUCUGUGACCCUGAGUCUCCCUCACGCAAAACCUGCUGUCCAUGGAGACGUGCUAAGGAAACAAGGCGCAUCAUCAAGAAUCCCGGAGUCUGGUUGGCCCUACCGUCCGGGAUCAUGGUAGGUGUCAGGAAGAAACUACCACAACACCACUUCACAAAUAUUCAUAGUUUUCCGCCAUCACCGCCACAGUCAAGUGGUCUAAGGAAUCGCCGGCACAAUCAUCACCAUCAUCACCAUCACCACCACCAUCACCAGGUUGCUCCGCCACAACACGCCCACGACGAUUGGGAAGUCUGGAUGUUCUCUCACUUUGGCGGCAAGCAAGAUACAUGGGAGACGGCGCCACUCUGUGUGGAAGGUGAUGACGGUCACCUCUUCGUGACUCACCUCGGCCCGAUGUCUAACGUUGGUAGCUCUAGCAUCGUUGUUGGGCUCAGUAAUGUCAUUAAAGUUAUCACCGUUGGCCAGGAACGCUUCGAUACCGAGGAUGUCCCUGGUCCUGGCAGCGGCGUACCAGCUGUGAGCAGUCGAAGGCGUAAGGGACCUUCAACUCUCAGGGCUAGGCAACCAGCCCCCUUCAAGUGCUGCUAG